GCUCUCUUGCUUUGAAGGAACGAAGUAUUCCACACAGUCGUCGUGUAGUGAGUUUUCUAUUGCAAAUUUCCUUGUUAUUAUCGUCUUCAGACAUAAACUCUUAAGGUCAUUUUGUUAAAGAAUAUGCAUUAAAUAAUUGUAACCUUUUUUCUACAAAAAUUUUCGUGAAUUUGACGACGAAUUCCUCACUCAAAAAAAUUGACCAGGGCGAUAAUACGGGAAUAAACCGACACGUGUUCAUUCACCUUAAAUUUUAUUCUUUUACAGAAAUGAGAUACGUCGCAGCUUAUUUAUUGGCAAAGCUCGCCAACAGAAGCGAUAUAAAUUUGGAUGACUUAAAAACCAUCAUUGGCAGCGUUGGUGUCGACGUCGACGAGAAACAAGCUAAAAUAGUCCUUAAAAGUUUACAAGGAAAAUCUGUUGAAGAACUAUUGACCGAAGGAAGUUCUAGAUUGGCCUCUAUGCCGUGCGGUGGAGCUCCAGCCGCUGCUGCUGCUGUUGGAGAUGACUCUGCAGCCGCCGUUGGAGCAGAAAAGAAAGAAGAAGCGAAAAAAAAGGAAGAAUCGGAUGAAUCUGAUGACGAUAUGGGAUUCGGCUUGUUCGAUUAA